UAACGCUCAAGCUUCCUUGUGAUAUUACGUCGGUGAAUUUGGAUUUAUUAUUUAAAAUUAGUGUCCCGUUGUUCCUCUGCCAGUGAGUGUGCGCCAGUGUUCCUUUAGAGAAGAAAACAAUCGGAAGAAAACAUGUUUCGAGAAGCGGCAAAUACGAAUCGAUCGUUAAAAAGUUGCACGUUGUCAGCUUUAAGGUCCAGACUGCCGCAGCUUACCAUCAGGCCCAACAAAGUUGUGAUACAGGCAGCUUCGAUUACUCCAACCAGCAAAACAUCACCCAGAAUCAAUGUUACUGCAGCACCGACUAAAGCAACAACCAGUGCAAUACCUUCACGAUUGUUACCACCAAACAGUUUUAACGCAGCUCCAGUCAAAGCAACAACCAGUACAUUACCUUCACGAUUGUUACCACCAAACAGUUUUAAAGCAGCUCCAGCCAAAGCAACAACCAGUGCAAUACCUUCACGAUUGUUACCACCAAACAGUUUUAACGCAGCUCCAGCCAAAGCAACAACCAGUACAUUACCUUCACGAUUGUUACCACCAAACAGUUUUAAAGCAGCUCCAGCCAAAGCAACAACCAGUGCAAUACCUUCACGAUUGUUACCACCAAACAGUUUUAACGCAGCUCCAGCCAAAGCAACAACCAGUGCAAUACCUUCACGACUGUUACCACCAAACAGUUUUAACGCAGCUCCAGCCAAAGCAACAACCAGUGCAAUACCUUCACGAUUGUUACCACCAAACAGUUUUAACGCAGCUCCAGCCAAAGCAACAACCGCACAGUACAAUCCUAUGCUCCUCAAUACAUGUAAAAUAUAUCGACCAACACCCACCGUUAAAAAGCCGGCACCAUCCAUCAUCGAUGCAACUUCUGAGAAAGAAAAACGAAAUGUGUUAAAUUUGAAAACGGGAAAAUUGUACCGACCAAAACUUCUUGUAAAUACAUCUCCUGAGACAGUAUCUGUAGCAUCACGCAGUACACAAACAUCUAUGCUGGAUGCCGCGCAGACAAAUCCAGCUAUAAGCUCAACAUUUGAAAGUCAAACCAGCGAGCAACUAACUGUACUGAAUAAGUCUGUUGCACUGAUCUGGGCUUAGCUGAAUUAUUUGACUGAUCACCGUAACAAAACAACUUAUAGAGCAGGUACGAUGCAGGGUCCGGGGCAUCCAAUAACAACAUCGAUUAUGACACUACCGUUCCUUACAUCGGAAGCAGAGCUAACUGCUUUCAACGAAAACUUAGGUAAUGAUGACUUUUUUGAAAGCGUCCUUCUUCUUAUUAAUGAUAAAGUAUCCGGAAAGCCGUAUGCUAAAAAUCGCAUGCAUGACACAUUCAUGAUGCUGUUCGAUAGAACAUUUUUAGCGACAUGCAGUUGGCGUGGUGGCGGUAAAAACGGCCCUAAAACAAGACUGGACGAUAAAGCCAAUAUUUGGCGAUUAUUAAAAACUGUAGGAGAACAGUUUGAAAUAGUUACAAUUGAAGACGUAGAACGUUUUGCAAAAACUAAAAUUAACAAUGCGUCAAGCUUAAAAAAAUAUAAAGGUUUGGUUAAAAGCUCCACCAAGUGCUCGCACAAACGAGACAAAAAUAAUAAUAAAUAAAAUUAUUAAACGAAUAAAUUACAUUAGUUUUGUUUUCUGUCAAACAACUUAUAUGAAACAUAGCUAUUCGGCCUGGUCGUUCAUCGGUGAUUAGAACAAAACAUUAUUAAAACAAAAGGUUAUUAUGUACGGCGUGGAAUAAUUAAACAAAGGGAGUUGGCCAUCAUCGCAAGCUACCUAAAUUCUUUUCGACAACAUCGACUGUCUGAUGCUUGUGAUAACGAAGAGAAGUUCAUAUGAAAUCCUACUUUAUGCACAUACAUCUUAUUCUAAUCCC